AUGUCUCGUCUGUCGUCUUCGUCAUCAAUACUCGCCAAAGAUGCCUGCUCAAAAUAUUAUCAAGAGAUUGGAGCAGAGAUGAUUAGCAACCAGCUAAUCAUUAGAUUAGAAAAAGAUAAAAACAAACAAAAAAUGAAACGAGAAGAAUGGGAUCCACCUUGUGAUUGCGUCGAAAUUCAAAGACCAACAAGUAAAAGAGGUCCCAAAAUAAUCAAUGCAAAUUAUGACGAUCGCAUUGUAUUUCGUGUCCACUCGGCAUCUGAAGAAUCUUCUUACAAGUCACAAACAAUCGCCUACAAGAUGAGAUCGGGCACAGACGAACAGGAUAGUCAAUGCAAGACCAUCACGGUUUAUCCGCAAUUUACCACAGGAUCUCAAGAAGUGUACAGUGAUCACAUAACAGAGGGCAAUCAGAAUAUCUUUUUACUAAGAAUAAAAAAGAAAGCGGAAUAUUCUGAACAAAAAAAUAGAAACGUUGAACUCGAACUAAGAACAGCUAAACCACCAACGCCACUACCUGCACCUGCGUCCACACCUGUAUCAGCAGUUGCAUCAUCGCAACCUAUUUCCGAUCUAAUUGUAGAAGAUGUAAUUAAACCGCAAAUACCGGAGGAAGUUACAAAACAACCAGCAAAAGUAUGCGCGGAUCGAGGGAUCUCGAGACCAGCGUUUUUAUAUUGCGGUUACGGCAUCAUUGUGCGUCCUGGUGUUCACAAAAGGUCCUUGGAGGACUCCCGUCGAGAGAAGGUCUACGGCAUAGCGGGGUUGCUGAUUGGCUGA